CUCCUGUUCUCUCUCCAGUUACCUUUUUCUUCAAAAUAUUUCUCUUUAUUCUAAUAUUAUUUCGUUUCUUUUCUUUUACAGAUUCAUAUACAGAGAUGAUGAGCCUUUAGUUAACACUGUUCGUGUUAGCUAGCAACCAAUUCACUUCAAAUUCGUCGAAAUUUCAUGAUUUUAUUUCAUUUUCUAAAUUUUCCAGUACCCUCUCCACUCCGCUACAAGAAUGGCUGGGAAGGUUGUCGAAAAACAAUCAAACUCUUUCCUAGGCUUUGAGAUUGUUGAGGGUGAACCUGAUAUCCUUGCAAGUGUUGUAGCAACAUCUAGCCAGAUUAGGCCGUGGAUUGACCCGCUCAGUAUCAAACUUCGGCAUAGAAUUGGAAGGGGCAUAUUUGGUGAUGUUUGGUUAGGGACUCGGAACCAAAGUGCUGAGGAUUAUGAAGUAGCUGUUAAGAUUUUGCAUCCCAUAAACAAGGAGAAUAUUAAUGUUGUACUGAAUCGGUUGGGAAAUUUGUUUUCUCAUUGUCAGGGGUUGAGAAAUGUUUGCCAUAUCCAAGGUGUAUCAGUCAUAAGUGGGAGGUUAUGCAUCAUUAUGAAGUUCUAUGAAGGCUCAGCUGGUGACAAAAUGGCUCACAUGAAAGGGGGAAAGCUGUCCUUGAAGGAUGUUUUAAGGUAUGGGACUGACUUAGCACAAGGAAUAAUGGAGCUUCAUUCAAAAGGAAUCUUAGUCCUAAACCUCAAACCUUGUAACUUCCUUUUGAAUGAAAAUGACCAGGCGGUGUUGGGGGAUAUAGGAAUUCCUUACUUGUUGCGAGGAGUACCUUUGUUGGGUUCUGAUAUGACUAGAAGACUUGGUACCCCAAACUACAUGGCUCCAGAACAAUGGCAGCCAGAAAUAAGGGGUCCCAUAUCUUCUGAGACGGACUCGUGGGGAUUUGGUUGCAGUAUUGUGGAGAUGGUGACUGGUGUUCAGCCUUGGGUUGGUAAAUCAGUUGAGGAAAUUUAUAAAUCUGUUGUAACGAGACAAGAGAAACCACAUAUUCCUGACGGUCUCCCUCCUGCAGUCAGGAAUGUCCUUGUUGGCUGCUUUGAGUAUGAUUUAAGAAACCGUCCUCUGAUGGAAGACAUAAUGCAUGCAUUUAGAAGUUUGCAGAAUGCUACCUAUGGUGGUCUUGGGAGUGGAACAAUUGUAGAGAGCUUUAAAUCGAUUGGCUAUAGUGAGUGGUUUCUGCAGAAGGAUCAGCUGCAGAUAGGAGAUGUGGUUCGAUCGAGGAAACCACCGAACUCAUGCAAGCCGGAAAGCAUGGAGGUUCCCGAAGGCACCAUAGUGGGAAUGCAGAAUGAUACGGAUAGUAAUGGAUUUGUUUUGGUGAGGGUACACGGCAUCCAUGAUCCAAUCAGGGUUCAUAAAUCGACACUGGAGCGGGUCAGUUUUGGCCUCGCGGAAGGAGAUUGGGUACGUUUGAAGGAGGACAGGAAGAAACAUUCGCCCGUGGGUAUCCUUCACUACAUAGACCGGGCUGGUAAUGUGGCUGUUGCGUUUAUUGGACUCGAUACUUUUUGGAAGGGAACCUACACCGAACUUCAGAUGUCAGAAGCGUACUGUGUUGGCCAGUUCGUGAAGCUGAAGUCUGAUGUCUUUAGCCCUCGAUUCGAAUGGCCUCGGAAAAGAGGUUGCGAGUGGGCUACAGGUCGGAUUUGCCAAGUUCUACCUAAUGGUUGUCUCGCUGUCAAUUUCCCGGGCAGAUUGACAUUCGGGGAGGAACGUAACAACUCCUUGGCUGAUCCAGCUGAGGUUGAACUCGUUUCUUUUAAUACUUGCCGGAGCAUGGUGAAGAAAUAUCAGCAUCUCGAGGAUUUUCACUGGGCCGUGAGGCCAAUUCUCAUCGCAAUGGGCUUAUUUACUGCCAUGAAGAUGGGACUUCUCGUCGGGAAGAAGAUUGGGGGGUCAAAGUGCAGGAAGGGAGGACACAAUCCCACGAUACAAGUUGAGCAUCAACGCGGAGGGGGAAAAACUUCUGGUUCAGCGUGGCUUCCUCCAAAGAUGGCGAACGUGAUCUUCAGAGAUGGCGGCACCAUAACAACCUCGCAGCGGUAAUCCUCUUAAGAUGAAUGCCAAUUGUGAAGAUUCAGGUAGUUCAGGUUAGAAUGAUUCUGGUAUGUUUAUUUACCAGUUAUUGUAAGUAUGGUUGUAAAUUAUGGCACAUAGUUAUUUUAUGCUCUCUAUUGCCACCACUUGAUAUGAAUUUGGUUCCCUCUGAAAUCUAAUGAACUUCUAUUGAAUUUGGUAAUCCC